UCCUCUCUCUCGUGUUGGAGGACCUUCCCAGCCGGCGCUGCAGUCUCGGACAUGGCGCUGCUCAUGGUUCACAGCCUGUCACGAAAGAAGCCGGCGGUUUUAUUGCAGUGUAGACGGUCGCUCAGCUGCUGGUAUUCACCGGACCGGGAGUACAAAACAACAAGAAACCGGGCAAGAGGGGCGCACGGCCAGGUUCUACACACUCUCCCAAGGCAGACUCCGUGGCAUAUUUUGGGGAAAGACAAUUCAAGGCACUUGUUAGACGCUGCAAAGGUUCUCUCAGGAUGGCCAUUAACAAGCAUAAGGACAUGUUGGCAUGGACAUGCGGGAGGUGGUCUUCAUUCAGAUCCCAAGGGAGGGCUGAAAGAAGUGGAUUCAAAGAAGAUAUUAAAAGCUAUGUUUUCCUACGUUUGGCCCAAAGACAGGCCUGAUUUACGAGCAAGAGUUGCCCUAUCCCUCGGGCUUUUAGCAAGUGCAAAGACAAUGAACAUCCUGGUACCUUUCAUGUUUAAAUAUGCAGUUGAUGACCUCAAUCAAGUCUCUGGGAACGUGUUGAACCUGAGUGAUGCUCCAACUACUGUGGCUACCAUAGCAACGGCCAUGCUCAUUGGCUAUGGCGCGUCUAGAGCCGGUUCCGCUCUUUUUAAUGAACUGAGGAAUGCUGUGUUUGGCAAGGUGGCACAGAGUUCCAUUAGGAGGAUUGCCAAGAAUGUCUUCCUACAUCUGCAUAACCUGGACCUGGGAUUUCACCUUAGUAGGCAGACCGGAGCUCUGUCCAAAGCCAUAGACAGAGGCACACGGGGCAUCAGCUUUGUGCUCAGUGCUUUGGUGUUUAAUCUGGGGCCAACAUUAUUCGAAGUGCUCCUUGUAAGCAGCAUCUUGUACUACAAAUGUGGUGGCCAGUUUGCACUUGUCACUUUGGGGACACUAGGAGCAUACACUGCGUUCACUGUUGGAAUCACUCAGUGGAGGACAAAGUUCAGGAUAGAAAUGAAUAAAGCUGAUAAUGACGCUGGAAAUGCUGCAAUAGACUCCUUGCUAAAUUAUGAAACUGUUAAGUAUUUCAAUAACGAAAAGUAUGAAGCUGAAAAGUAUGAUGGGUUUCUGAAGGUUUACGAAAAUGCUUCACUAAAGACUACCUCAACGUUGGCUUUUCUGAACUUUGGACAAAGUUUAAUAUUCAGUGUUGGUCUCACAGGUAUCAUGGUUCUUGCCAGCAAAGGGAUUAUAGCAGGUAACCUCACUGUUGGAGACCUGGUCAUGGUUAAUGGGCUACUGUUCCAACUCUCAUUGCCUCUGAAUUUCCUGGGGACAGUUUACAGAGAGACUAGACAAGCUCUCAUUGACAUGAACACCCUCUUCACACUUCUGAGUGUUGACACAAGAAUUAAAAGCAAAGAACUGGCACCCACACUGCUGAUUACGCCGCAGACUGCAACUAUUACCUUUGAUGAUGUCUACUUUGAAUACUUGGAGGGACAAAAGGUGCUCAGUGGCAUUUCUUUUGAGGUGCCAGCUGGGAAGAAAAUAGCAAUUGUUGGAGGCAGUGGUUCCGGUAAAAGCACCCUGGUCCGACUGCUCUUCCGGUUUUUUGAGCCCCAGAAGGGAAACAUAUAUGUGUCGGGUCAGAACAUCCAAGAUGUCAGCCUGGAAAGUUUGCGAAAAGCUAUUGGAGUGGUUCCUCAGGAUCCCGUCCUGUUUCAUAACACGCUAUACUAUAACUUGCAGUAUGGUAACAUUAAUGCUUCCCCUGAGGAAGUGUACCAUGUUGCAAAGCUGGCUGGGCUCCACGAUGCUAUCCUCCGAAUGCCAAAUGGUUACAAUACUCAAGUUGGAGAGCGAGGACUCAAAUUGUCAGGUGGAGAGAAGCAGCGAGUGGCUAUCGCCCGAGCAAUGCUAAAGAACCCUCCGAUCAUUCUAUAUGAUGAGGCCACAUCUUCCUUGGACUCGAUUACUGAAGAGAACAUUCUGAGUUCGAUGCGGGAUAUGGUGAAGCACCGGACAUCUGUAUUCAUUGCACAUAGGCUAUCCACCAUUGUUGAUGCAGAUGAAAUAAUAGUGUUGGAUAAGGGCAAAGUGGCGGAGAGGGGAUCCCAUUUUGGACUCCUGACCAAUCCUAACAGCCUGUAUUCAGAACUGUGGCACACACAGAGUAACCGAGUCCUGAACAGUAACAACAGCCAGAUGGCGGAGAAGAGCAGCCAACAAAUCUCCAAAGACGAGGAAAGGAAAAAGCUACAGGAGGAGAUCAUUAAUAGUGUGAAGGGUUGUGGCAACUGCUCGUGCUAACAGAUGAUUGGGUGUGUGCUGAGGGCGUGUGCUGGGGGCGUGUCUCCACACCACCAUCCAUUGGACAUACAUCUCAACCCCAUUACAAUUCACCAGUCUCUCGGUGUCUUCAGUACUAUUUACCCAUCUCAGAUUUUCUCUUGCAUUUAUGUUCUGUCUGCAGACCUUUAAUAUAGUUUUCCAUCUUACUUCUCCGGACCUUUUUAUUUGUCUUUUCCAGCCUUUAGUGCUUCCUGUUCAGGUGACAGACAUUUUAACUUGCAUUGUGGUAGUCUAAAGAGUAUGAUGCCUCCACUCUUGGCUGCUUUUUUUGUUAAAACACCGCUGGACUGCAUUGCAAAUAACAAACUGGUGUAAAUAUUCCGCUUGUACGAUAAAGCAGUUGAAAAAGAAAAAAGGAUUGCCAACAUUUUCUAUCAACAUUUUCUAAAAGUUGUUUUAAUGAAUCAUUUUGUAACAGUCGGAUGAUGCUCCUGGGGAAAUUCAUUUAUAUACUAUAUAUAUAUAUAU